AUGCCGUCACAAACAUUCUAUCUCUUAGGAGAGGAUGUCUCCACCGCCAAAACAAUCGAAGUUAACCCUUCGCAGAGUUUGGAGGACUUGAAGCUCUUGAUCGCUGCUCACUUUGCUAUUACCGACCCAAAUGGUAUUGGUUUCUUGGGUAAGGAUGCUGUUCUCACAGAAACUUCCGAAGUCACCACUGCACCUGGUCCCGUCCCCAUCACGAUUGAUGGUCACGCUGUUCGUGACCCUCCAAGCCCCAGGAAAUUACCAUUCGUUGGUAACUUCUUCGAAGUCUAUCCCGACCACUUGGGAAAUCACCAGCGUCUCUUUGACCAGUAUGGUCCUGUAAUCAAGACAGACAACAUGGGCCGCAUCACCUACCAAACCAAUGACCCUGCUAUUGCGGCCAUUGCCCUCGCCGAAUCCGACUUCUUCACAAAGAAGAUUAACGAAGCUCAUCCCCUCUAUGCUCUCAAGAACGCUUCUGCUGGAGUCUUCUUGGGUGACACAGAUACCGAAGAGUGGAGGGUAGCCCAUAAGUUCCUCCCGCCUGCCCUAGGACCCAAGGCGGUGCGUCACUAUGCUCCAACCAUGCAGAAGACUGUCGAGGAUGCGUUCAAGGUGCUUGACCACCUGGAUGAGCAGGGUGAAGCUUGGAAUGUCUAUUAUUAUAUGUUGAAACUGGGUUCUCAGGCCGUCGGCAAGCUUACUCUUGGUUUGGACUUCCAGCAUUUCACUUCCCCUAGCGCUCCUGUCCACGAAAUGGUUCACAGCAUUGCUGAAAUGCUCUCUUUGAAUAAGAAAGUCACGUCCAAGGGUGACUGGUACAACAAGCUGCCAUUCGGAGACCCCAAGCGCCUGAGGGACUUAAAAGCUCGUAUUGAAGAGAUGGUUGGUGAAUCUAUCGAAGUGGCAAGUCGAGGUGGCGUUGAGGAUCUUCCUCUUCAAGACGCCGCUCUCAAAGCAGAUAACAUGGUUGACUAUGCAAUUCGUGCAACCGAUAACAAAGGCCAGAAGCUGCCCCAAUCAAGCUUGGUCUGGGCACUUGUUGUUGCCACUGGAGCCGGGUUCACUACAACAAGUUCCCUCCUCUCGUGGCUCAUCUACGGUCUUUGCACUUACGAAGGAAUGCAGGACAGACUCCUCCAAGAGUUGAUCGACCAUGGGUUUGAUGAGAACACACAGAUAACUGCCGAGCUCACAGACAAGCUGGACUUCCUCGACAAGUACAUUAAAGAGACCCAGCGCCGCCACAAUCCUUCCUUCCAACCAGGACGUACUGCCAAGUGUGACCUUAUCCUCCCAGGAGGUUACAAAUUGCCCAAAGAUGCAGUUAUCAUUCCUGCCCUUCACCAUAUUCACAACAACCCAGAAAUCUGGGACAACCCAUUCCGCUUCAACCCAGAUAGAUGGGAUACCGAGGAGGUCAAGAAUAGACACAAGGCCGCUUAUAUCCCAUUCGCAACAGGGCAGCGAAUGUGCAUUGGAUUCAACUUUGCUCUUCAGGAAAUUAAGGUCUUCUUGCCUAAGCUUGUCUACCGUUACAAGUUCACUCGUGAAGGAGAUGGUCCCAUCGAAUACGACCCUAUGUUCCAAUUGAUCAGGCCCAACAACUUGUAUGUUCGUGCAGAGAGACGAGUUAAGUGGCCUCCUCGAUCAGACCAGAGCACGACUGCUUAA